UUUGUCUCCCCUGCUAUGGAUGCAGGUGGGGUAGUACGAUAUAUCUUGCACUGCCAGCAAUUGACCAACAGUCUCCCUUGCGUCCUGUUGGGCUUGUUCUUUUUUUUUUUUCGUUCUGGAGAUGAUUUUUAAUUUGCGCUGAUCACUUUCGUGCGACUGUCAACAAGUUUACGCUUUAUUCACUCGUUCAUCCGUUGUGGCUCACAUGCACGCACACACAUAAGCCAGAUGGACGUAUGGACGGAACCCCCACGGGUGACAAAAACAAGACAGGCGCUCAACAUACUCGGCUGCAUCUGCGUGUUCCUGCUGCACCGAGCCGCGGGCGUCUACACUCAGUACCCGGCGCUGGUCGACCUGCUGAUCAGCGUCUUUUUUGCCGAGUACUGCCGCUUCACCAACGAGGGCCGCAGGAUAGCGCUCGCCAAGGCCGAAGAUGCCGCCAGGGAGCAGUAUCUAGAUGUCGCACAGCAAGAGUCCAAGAUUGGGCUCGGCCCCCCGCCGGCCGCGCACCUCAGCUGCGACGCCGUGGCCAUGAUUGUGGGGUGGCGCGAGGAUCCGACGCUGUGGCGGAGGUGCCUGGAGAGCUACAGGAAUGCAGACGGCUGGGCUUUUAUGGUUGUCGGGAUCGAUGGCGACGAUGCCGAAGACGAGGAGAUGAUUGAUAUUUUUCGAGAGAUGAACCCUACUCAUUCCUACGUCUUGCACAUAGACGAGCCGCUGGGGGAGGUCAGCAGCAAAGUUUUGGAGGAAAAGUACGCCGAGCUUAAAAAAUGGGGGCAGGUCAAGAUCGACCAAGAGGACGUUCACGACAUUGCCAUGAGCAGAUGCAUGGACAUUGCGCGACAGCACGUGCAAAAGAUCAUGCAACAAGAUGGCAGCAUCAAGCACCUCCUGGUUCACCAGCGCCACCUGCACAAAAAGGGCAUCAUGUUUACGAGCCUGGUGUUCUCCAUGGUGAUCGCCGAGAUGAAAGGCCUCCGUUUCCUGUGGACCUCGGACUCGGACUCGUUUGUCAAGCACGACUCCGUCCAGGGCACCAUCUGCACCAUGGCCAGCGACCCGGGUGCCGGCGGUGCCAGCUCGGGCAUGGCCAUCCACAACGCCGACGAGACGUUGGUGACCAAGCUCUCGGCGUCCGUCUACUGGUGCGAUCAAUACCUCACACACGCGCUGCCGGCCUCGGUGGGAGUGAACGACUGCCAGAGCGGGCCCAGCUCGGCGUUUCGGAUAUCUGCCAUUCGCCCCAUCUUGGUGUCGUGGUACAACCAAAAGGUGUUUGGCAAACGAAUGAUUGUCAACGAAGACAGACACUUAACCACACUGCUGCUGAGUCAAGGUUGGCGCGUGAUUUAUGCUGGAGAUAUCAUGACCGAGACGGAGAAUCCGACGACUCUAGAGCGCUGGAUACAGCAACAGGUUCGAUGGGCGAGAGCCCAACACAUUGAAACCCUGCUCCCCAUCAAGGUCUACGCCAUGUCCCAUCCAUUCCUCUUCCUUUCGGCGCUGCGCAGGGAGCUCAACCUCCUCACAAUCUUCACGCAAACAUUCGCCUACCUCUUCCUGGACCGACAGCUGCUCGCCUUCAACAUGCUCGAUUUCUGCCUCCACAUCAGCGGCAAGGCGCUGUACGGCGUGAUCCGCAGCCCCGACGAGUCGCAGUCCCUCCUGUCGGCCGUGGUCUGGAUCGUGCCCGGCAUGAUCUUCUACAACAUACCGCAGCCGGCCGUGCAUGCCUGGGGCCUGGCGACCCUGACGGCCGACACGUGGGGCACGUCGAUGCGUUCGAGCGGCGAGCUGGCCAAGAGGGACGGGCUGAGCGAGCGCUGGUACAAGUCUGGGUUCCUGGUGGUGUGGAUAGGCACCGUGGGCGCCCUUCUGGCGAAAUGGGGCCUGACCCGUCUGGAGUUGCUGCCCGAGCAGAGGCUGUUGGGUAUGGCAGUGACGGGAUUGCUGUGUUCGUUUUUCAUGUGGAGACAAGUCAUUAAUUAUCGAUAGGGGGGAGCGGUGAGGUAGAAAGAGGGAGAGGGAAUGAAUGGGCUGACCCGCAGAUUUUUUUCCCUCCUUUGAUUGCACUGCUACUGUGUUUUUUUUUGCAUGACUAGCCAACGUCUACGGUGCAUGAGAGCACUAAUCCCACUUGUCCAAGCCUCU